AGUAUUUGUGGAUUUUCUGUUUGUUUAUUUUUUUACACUGAUGUUUUGACCCUGAGUAGAUGUCUAAACCAUAGCAGUACUCAUUCUGAAAUCAUUAAUCUUAACAGUGGAGACACUGUUGGUUCCAGCAAAAUGGACAAUGAUGUCAGCUUGAAGUUCCGUAAGCAGCUGCUGUUCAUUGACGAAAAUCUGGUGGCUGAAGAUGUAGCAGCUUUAAAAUUUCUCUGUACUGACUUGCUCCCCUUCAGAAAACUAGAAAGUGUGAAAUCAGCACUGGACAUCUUUCAGCUUCUCAUGGCUGAAGAAUAUCUGAAUGAGGAAGAUACUUCCCUAUUAGUUGAACUCUUACACAGAAUUAAGUGUUACUCUUUGCUCAAGAAACUUGGUUAUACCAAGGAGAAAGUGCAAGAAUGUCUGCAUGAGAAGGGAAGAGUAUCUCCAUAUAGGCAGAUGCUGUAUGAAUUGUCAGAGAACAUUACCGAUGAGAUGUUGAAGGAUAUCAUAUUCCUCCUGCAAAACUGUCUUCCAAAGCGACGGAUACCUCUUUCUGCUCUGGAAUUGCUGAUUUUACUGGAAAAGCAGGGCCUUUUAACUGAAAACAAUGUACAGAUGCUGGAGGACGUUUGUCUGAAUGUUUCACCUGAUCUCCUGGAGACAGUAAACUGUUAUAAAAAGGCAAAAGUGUCUCUGCCUCAGCAGGAGAACACUGUGCCAGUCAAGGAAGCUUUGUUGCCACAAAGUGAAGACAUCAGAGUAUUCACUUGCCCACAGGAGACUUCAAUCAAAUCUGUCAGUUCUAGUAUCAAUGAUAACAAAGCAGCUCAUCUUUCACAAGUCUUCUCUGAAGUGAAUCUGGAGCUACCUGGAAAAUUCAGCAAUGUAGAAAAUGAAUCCAAGAAGAUGGCAAUCUACAAAAUGGAUGGACCACACAGAGGCUUUUGUCUAGUUAUUAAUAAUGUUAACUUUGAUGGGUCUCUUCAGGAGAGGAAGGGUUCUUGCAAAGAUGCUGAAGAACUGAAGAGAGUGUUCACAUGGCUUGGUCUGGAUGUCAGAACUUACUCAAAUCUGACGUCUCUGGAGAUUAGAGAUCUCAUGCGAACUUGGCAGCAUUUGCAAGAUCACAAAGACAGGGACUGUUUUAUAUGUUGCAUUCUAUCUCAUGGAGAGUCAGGAGCAAUCUAUGGGAAAGAUGAGGAACUUGUAUCAAUCCGUACAAUUAUGUCCCACUUCACUGCCAAACAAUGUCCACAGCUGGCUGAAAAACCCAAACUCUUCUUUAUCCAAGCUUGCCAGGGUAAAGAGAUACAGCGUCCUGUCCAUGUUGAAGCUGAUGCACAAAUUCCUAACUUGUCAUCCAUGCAACAGAGCAUUUCUCCAUCUGAAAGUAUUCCUGAAGAGGCUGAUUUCCUCCUAGGCAUGGCCACAAUUGAUGGAUAUGUCUCUUUCCGGCACAUUCAACAGGGUGCUUGGUAUAUUCAGGCCCUGUGCAGUAAGCUGGAGUUGUUGGUACCAAGGGGUGAAGAUAUUUUGUCAAUUCUUACAGAAGUUAAUGAAGAUGUGGGCAGACGUGUUGACCGCUUGGGGACAAAGAAGCAGAUGCCUCAACCAGCAUAUACCUUGAGAAGAAAAUUUAUAUUCCCAAUACCUAGAGACCCUCCACCUUCACAGCAGCAUUGA